AUGCAAAAACCAGCUGAAUAUCAACGACCGCUGACAAUGAACGAUGUUUCGAGUAUAAGAUCAUUUCUACGAACUCAUACUAAUCUUAAAGCUGAUAAUCAAAAAGAAAAAGAUUAUAAACGAACACAAGAUGAUUUCUAUCGAAUGCAAUUAGAUAAUGCUGCCGGUAAUCCUAAAGUAAAUCGUGAAAAUAUGGUACGUGUCUAUCAUUCUUAUCUUGGAACUACACCUGGUUCAAAGAAAGCUUUACGUGAUCUUUGUGAUCAAAUACCUUUAAAUGCUACUAAAACAACCGUCGAAGCUACAGUUUAA